GGGCUGGGGUAAGGGCCGGUGGCGACGUUUUCGGAGCUGACCGAGAUGGCCACUGUGAUGGCUGCGACAGCGGCAGAGCGGGCGGUGCUGGAGGAGGAGUUCCAGUGGCUGCUCCACGACGAGGUCCACGCGGUGCUACGCCAGCUGCAGGACAUCCUCAAGGAAGCCUCUUACCGAUUUACUCUGCCUGGGACAGGAACGGAAGGACCAGCCAGGCAAGAGAACUUCAUCCUAGGAAGUUCCACCACAGAUCAGGUGAAGGGUGUGUUGACUCUGCAAGGGGACGCACUGAGCCAAGCGGAUGUGAAUCUGAAAAUGCCCAGAAAUAACCAGCUGUUACACUUUGCAUUCCGAGAAGACAAGCAGUGGAAACUACAGCAGAUCCAGGAUGCCAGGAAUCAUGUGAGCCAAGCAAUUUAUCUCCUUGCCAACCGUGAUGAGAGCUACCAGUUCAAGACAGGAGCUGAGGUCCUAAAGCUAAUGGAUGCAGUGAUGCUGCAGCUAACACGAGCACGAAAUCGGCUCACCACUCCAGCUACGCUUACGCUGCCUGAGAUUGCCUCCAGCGGCCUGACGAGGAUGUUUGCACCCGCUUUGCCUGCAGACCUUCUGGUGAACUUUUACAUCAACCUCAAUAAGCUCUGCCUGACUGUGUACCAGCUACAUCCUCUGCAGCCCAGCUCCACCAAGAACUUCCGCCCUUCGGGGGGAGCUGUAAUUCACAGCCCAGGAGCCAUGUUUGAAUGGGGUGCCCAAAGAUUGGAGGUGAGCCACGUGCACAAGGUGGAGUGUGUGAUUCCCUGGCUCAAUGAUGCCCUUGUCUUCUUCACUGUCUCUCUGCAGCUCUGCCAGCAGCUCAAGGACAAGAUCUCAGUCUUCUCCAGCUACUGGAGCUACAGGCCCUUCUGACCAAGAGGAACCUGACAGAUUCCCCCCGGGAAAGAGGUGCCUAGCCCAAGGUUCGGUCCCUACGGGGGCUGAGGUAGCCCCCCACAAGGAAUCCUGGAGGGAGCAGCCUAGACAAGGUAUAGCAUGCUGCUGGUUCAGCAUGGGCAGUGCGUUAUUUAUUUCCCUCGUGGCCCCCAGGCUCGGAGAAGCCCUCUCUGCCAGGUACAAGUGCAUGAAUGCUAGUGACCCCUGGAGAAGUGGGUCUGAGGCCAGAGUAAGGAUCUGAAGGGAACUCGGAGGGCUCCGAGGGGCCAGUUGUUCGGGAGCCCCGUGUGACAGACACUGACUGAGGAAGCACCUCGUGAGACAGAAAUCCAAAGGCUGGGCCGAGGGAGAACGGGGGCCGCUCCGCCUUCCCAGCCCCAGCUUCCUGAGGUGUCCAUGACCUUUGGACCCAAGGGGAGGGAGGAGCACAGGCAGAAGCUCUGGUUCUGCUCCCUCCUCAACAGCAAAGCUCCCCACUGCACACCGGCUUGGAGGGGUGUGGGGAGAGUGAGAGGCGUGACAAUACAUGUAAAGGGUGGCUGCCUGUGUUUGGGCUGUAAUCUUCCUAUUUGUUCUGUAAAAGUAUCCGUCAUCUGCUGAGAAAUAAAGAAUCAAGACCCAA